UUAAAAGGGAAUUAGAUGCUUCUCCAGGAAGAAUUCAGCCUCAUCAUGAUAAAUGCACCAUAUAACCCAUAUCUCUGCCUCUCUCUUCUUUCCUCUGCCUCUCCCUCCCUCCACCCCCACCCCCGGCAGUUCUAUAUGGUGAUGUGCAUUGUGUACGUACUCUAUGGCGUUCUGUGGCUUGUCCUCCUGGCCUGCUAUUGGAGAGAUAUCCUGCGCAUCCAGUUCUGGAUUGGCGGAGUCAUCCUGCUGGGGAUGCUGGAGAAGGCUGUCUUCUAUGCUGAGUUCCAGAGCAUCCAGAACCAGGGCAUAUCUGUUCAGGGAGCAGUCAUCUUUGCCGAGGUCCUCUGCGCAGUGAAGCGAAUGUUGGCUCGCGUGUUGGUCAUCAUCGCCAGUUUGGGAUACGGCAUCGUCAAGCCGAGACUGGGGGCCCUCUUGAACCGCGUGGUGGGUGUCGGCUUGAUGUACCUGGUCUUCUCCAUCAUUGAGGGGAUCCUGCGAGUGAAAUCGGCUCAAGAUGACUUGGUGCUGCUGGCCGCAAUCCCCCUGGCUAUGCUUGACUCUGCCCUCUGCUGGUGGAUAUCCUCCUCUGCGCCCGGCAGGCUGGCCCCUGGCUCGGCUACCGUGUUCCUGGCCUCCUCCUCUCCCUCCGUCAUCUUCAUUAUCUGGACCACGAAGACGUUCCGGCUUGCCACGUGUCAGUCCGACUGGCGGGAGCUCUGGAUUGAUGAUGCCUUCUGGAGGUUCCUCUUCUCCAUCAUCCUGCUGGUGAUCAUGUUCCUCUGGAGACCGUCAGCCAAUAACCAAAGAUACGCCUUCAUGCCUCUGGUGGAUGAAGGCAGCGAGCAGGAGGAGGAAGAGGAGGAGCACAUGGUCAGCGAGGCCUUUGAAGGGAUGAAGAUGAGAGGCGGAAAACCGGAAGCGAACGGAAUCCUCAAGGGCAGCCGAGGGGAUGAAGACCUGAAGUGGGUGGAGGAAAACAUUCCCUCUUCCAUGGCUGAUGUCGUCCUGCCUCCGUUGCUGGAUUCUGAUGAGGAAAUAGUGACCACAAAAUUUGAGAUGUCCAAGAUGGAAUGAAGGGUGCGCAUCCUGGCCUGAUGCUCAGUCACACUCGCUGCCUGAUGGGUUUUGAAUGGACAUGUGGCUGCCGAUGGCUGGUGUUUCCCUUCUUGUUUUUGACAUGCACAUAUAUAUAUAUAUAUAUAUUUGUAUAUGGAUCAAAAUUAUUUUAUUAUCUUCCUGUAUUUCUGACUCUGGAGCGCUGGGGCUUUGGCCAGGCAGCGACUUUCUGCCACCCCUGCAAAGUGGGAGCGGGGGGCCAGGAGGGUGAAGGAGCUCCAUCACCUCCCGCUGGAGAGGAGCAUUAUGGGAGGAACGGUGGACUUUGUGGCUCGCCUCUUUCCUGAACGGAGCUUGGAACCAGCACUUCCAGCACGAAGACAUGGUGAUGCCUCAGGCAGCUUGGCCUGGGUCUCUGCUCUCACUUUGCACCUCUCAGUGGUGGUAAUUGCGUUUGGCCGUGGCCUGGCCCCCCUGGGGUGUGUGUGUAAAAUUGGGGGAGGAACAGGGUAUGAGGGUGAGAGAUUCCUGAGCAGGACCGCCCUCCGCAGCCUGUGCUGUCAUCUUUCUAGGCUGCGAUGCUGAAAGAACCAAGGGCCAGAGCAGGUCUGGAUCCAUCCACCCUGUCGAGUGCAUGAUUUAUGAACAGAGGAGGAAGGAGAAGCGCAAGGGUGGGGAGGCUCCUCUUCCACUGUGGAGAGGUGAGCUCUGCCCUCUGGCAGAGAAGGCAAAGCCGCCCGGAUGGAGCCGUUCUGGCAGAGAAAGAGCCCCUGGGAGAGGGAGAGGCCAUUCCCACCGGGAGCAAGGGGGACUGCCGUUCUGCCCACGUGAGCCUGUUCUACAAACCUUGCGUUUUGAGGGAGUGACCGAGGAAGGGGGCACACGGGGGGGGGGGACAAAGUGUGGCAGGUGGCUGUUGUUGUCUCAGACCUAGUGCAGCUGUGCUCCCUCCCCUGCGCAGGUCCCACUGAGCGCGAGAGCAAGGGGAGGCCUGUCUCCAUCCUUUUGUUUUCCCCUGGACCAAAGGUUGGAGUGAGACCGUCCUCUCCUUCCCCGUUUGGUUCAAGGGGGGGGGGCUGGUUCCACCCCUGCUGACUUUCUUACCCUUUGCUCCAAAGCGUUGAUGCUUCAUUUGCUGCCUUCACAGGCUGGGUUAGCAGAGAGAACCUUCCCAACACGGAUGUGUGUAUCGCACAGCCCUGGUUCUGUGUUUGAAAAAAAGGCCGUUCUUGUUUCUUCCCUCCCUCCUUCCCUGCCUCCCUAAGUUUGUUCUGCAAAGCUCUCUGUUGCUCUUGCUCUUCUCCUCCCCAGCUCAAUCCUCUCUUUUCCCUGAUGUUACCUGGAUGGUUGCAAGCAAGAGGGGAGGAAGAGUAAGAUUUCUUUCCAAAUAGCCAUUUAUUUAUUUUGAAAUUGUACAUACCAUCUCUGGGGAAGGCAAGCUAUGUGUGUUUUAUGCAGUGAUAUUUAAAAGAAAAUCACACCUC